AUGCUUUCUGAAUUUUCUGAUGUAUUCCUUCAUAAUAGAAAUNNNAGCAGGAGGAAAAGGAGCCUGGAGGCACCGCUGGAGCCCGCAGCUUUCCGAACGCAUUAUCAGCUCCGUGCGUACGGGCAGGUCUUCCAGCUCAACCUGAGCGCUGACGCGGGCUUCGUGGCCGCUCGGUACCGCGUGGUGCACGUCGGGGCCCCGCAGGAGCCGCCGUCCCCGGAUCUCCGCCACUGCUUCUACCGAGGGCACGUCAACGCCCGGGAGACGCACGUGGCGGUCUUCAGCGUCUGCGGUGGCUUGAUGGGUACCUUUAAGGCACAUGAUGGUGAAUAUUUUUUAGAACCUCUGAUGAAAGCGGAUGGAGGUGAACAUGAAGAUGAACAUAACAAACCACAUCUUAUAUACAGGAAUGAAGAACUUAAAAAGAAGUAUAAGAAAUCCCAUAAACCUUGUGAAGUUUCAGAAAAAGAGUUGAAGAAGAGCACUUCACUACCAACCUUUCACAGUUUAAAUGAAGGAAGCGAUGUUUUACAGAAGUCUCUCAGUUUAAAGUAUGCUUUGAAUAACCUAUCUGUAGAGGAUGGUGGCAAUCCACAUUCCAGGAAAAAACGUUUUCUUUCAUAUCCAAGAUACGUAGAAGUGAUGGUUACAGCUGACACCAAAAUGGUUCGUCACCAUGGGCAGAAUUUACAACACUAUGUACUAACACUGAUGUCAAUAGUUGCAGCAAUUUAUAAAGAUUCAAGUAUCGGAAAUCUUAUAAAUAUAGUUAUUGUAAAAUUAAUUGUAAUUCACAGUGAACAGGAAGGACCAGCUAUCACUUUUAAUGCAGCUACCACGCUUCGUAAUUUCUGCUUAUGGCAGCAAGCACAAAACACUUUGGAUGAUGCUCAUCCUUCUCAUCACGAUACUGCUGUUCUUAUCACUAGGGAAGAUAUCUGCAGAGCUAGAGAGAAGUGUGAUACUCUUGGUUUGGCAGAGCUGGGUACAAUGUGUGACCCUCUACGCAGCUGUUCUAUAAGUGAAGAAAAUGGGUUGAGUGCUGCUUUUACUAUAGCACAUGAACUUGGACAUGUAUUUAAUGUGCCUCAUGAUGACAGUUUUAAAUGUAAAGAAGCUGGAAUUAAACAUCAAUACCAUGUGAUGGCUCCAACUUUAAAUUACCAUACAAGUCCAUGGACCUGGUCAAAAUGCAGUCAAAAAUAUAUCACUGAAUUUCUUGAUACUGGUUAUGGUGAAUGUCUCCUAGACAAACCUAGUGGAAGAAUAUAUGAUCUUUCCUCUCAGCUGCCUGGGUCAAUGUAUGAUGUCGACAAGCAGUGUGAACUUAUGUUUGGUCUUGGGUCACAAGUGUGCCCAUAUCUGAAACAGUGCAAACGCUUAUGGUGCACAAGCACAGAAGGAAUUCACAAGGGUUGCCGCACUCAGCACAUGCCUUUGGCUGAUGGAACAGCUUGUGGUGUGGGAAUGCACUGCCGCCAUGGAAUUUGUGUGAGCAGAGAAAUGGAGACACGUCCUGUAGAUGGAGAAUGGGGAGCAUGGAGACCUUAUAGCUCAUGUUCAAGAACUUGUGGAGGUGGAAUCAAGAGCACCACCAGGCUGUGUAAUAGACCAGAACCAAGAAAUGGAGGAAAGUACUGUGUUGGCCGCAGGAUGAAAUUUCGGUCGUGUAACACUGAUUCGUGUCCAAAAGGCAGAAAAGAUUUCCGGGAGCAGCAGUGCUCUGAAUUCGAUGGCAGACACUUCAAUAUCAACGGUCUUACGUCUGCUGUUCGCUGGCUCCCAAAAUACAGUGGUAUUUCUAUGAAAGAUCGCUGUAAACUUUUUUGCCGAGUUUCUGGAACAACUUCCUACUAUCAGCUGAAGGACAGAGUUGCUGAUGGUACUCCCUGUGGAGCAGAAACCAAUGACCUUUGUGUUCAAGGCUUAUGCAGGCAAGCAGGCUGUGAUCACGUUUUGAAUUCCAAGGCAAGGAGAGACAAAUGUGGAAUCUGUGGUGGUGAUAAUUCUUCAUGUAGGACUCUUGCAGGUACUUUCAACAGUGCUCGUUAUGGUUAUAAUGUUGUAGUAAGUAUUCCCAAAGGAGCAACCAACAUUGAUAUUCGGCAGCACAGCUACUCAGGGAAACCAGAAGAUGACAACUACCUUGCUUUAUCUGAUAUUCAUGGAAAUUUUAUCUUGAAUGGAAAUUUUGUUGUAAGCAUGUCAAAAAGAGAACUCAACAUUCAAGGAGCCAUUUUUGAAUACAGUGGUUCAAACAGUACAAUAGAACGAAUUAACAGCACUGACAGAAUUGAAGAAGAGCUAACCUUACAGGUGCAUGUUUACNACCCUGAUGUACGUUAUUCAUUCAAUGUCCCAAUAGAAGAUGGAAGUGAUCUGUUUACGUGGGAUCCUUAUGGACCCUGGCAAGACUGCAGCAGGAUGUGCCAAGGUAUUCGAAGAAGAAGAAUGACAUGCAUACGUAAAAGUGAUCACAUGGUAGUGUCUGAUCAAAGAUGUGAACUUACACCCACUGUACCGGAAGUCUCUGAGGCAUGUAACACAGACUGUGAAUUAAGGUGGCACAAUGUUGGAAAAAGUGACUGCACAUCCAAGUGUGGCCCAGGGUAUCGGUCCAUAGAGAUCCGCUGCAUGAAGUACUCGGUUUCAAAAGGACUCAGUGCUCCAGUGGAUGAUCAGUACUGUGUUGAUCAGCAGAAACCACCAACCAGAGAGCCCUGCCAUGGUGACUGUAUGUUAACAAGUUGGCACUACACAGAAUGGUCAGAGUGUUCCAGGAGCUGUGAAAGAGGUGUCAGAACCAGAGAAGCUUUUUGUAUGAAUAAUUUGGGUCGUCAUCUUCCUGACAGAGAAUGCCAGGAGCUUCCAAGAGUGGUAACACAGAGUUGCAAUGAAUUCUUAUGUCCAAGCUGGUCUGUUAGUGAGUGGAGCGAGUGUCCUGUGACAUGUGGCAAAGGAAUGAAGCAUCGUCAAGUAUGGUGCCAACUUAAUGAUGAACAACUGCGAGACGAUUUCUGUAAUCCAAGUGGUAGACCAGAAGCAAUAACAACAUGUGAACUUCAUGAAUGUGCAUCUUGGCAAGUAGGGCCUUGGGGAUCAUGUUCUGUAACGUGUGGACGUGGAUACCAGAUGCGUGCAGUCAAAUGUGUUACUGGCACUUACAGAGUUAUUUUGGAUGAUGACAGGGAAUGUAAUGCUGCUACUCGUCCUAGAGAUAACCAAGAAUGUGACUUACCCUCCUGUCCAGAAAAUAAAAAAUUAUGGACUACAUUGCUUCCUCUAGUUCAUGUGGCAAAAAUGACUCAAUGGAGAUACGGAUCAUGGACCCCAUGCUCUGCAUCCUGUGGGAAGGGUGAUCGUGCUCGCUAUGUGAGUUGUAGAGAUGAUCAUGGAGGAGUAGCAGAUGAAUCUUUCUGUGCCCAUUUACCACGACCAGCUGAAAUUUCAAGCUGUUUUAGCCCAUGUGGAGAGUGGCAAGCUGGAAAUUGGUCCCCGUGCACAGUUACGUGUGAUAGUGGAAUAGUAACAAGACAAGUUAUCUGUGCCAACAAUCAUCAACAAAUCAACGAGAAUUACUGUGAUCCUGAAGGCCAACCUUCCAAAGAACAAGAAUGUAACAUGCCACCAUGUCCACCAGUUUAUCAUCAUAUUCCAAAAAUGCAUGAGCAUCCAAGCCAUUUUCCAGAAAUAGGUUACCUUCCAAUACACCGUCCACAAGACAAUAUAAACCAGCGGAACCAGCCCUCUGUGGGAGGAUAUCAGUGGAGAACUGGACCCUGGGGAGCAUGCUCUAGUACUUGUGCAGGUGGAUUUCACCGUCGAGUUGUAGUUUGUCAAGAUGAGGAAGGAAGAAGUGCUAGCUAUUGUGAUAAGGCAACAAAACCUCCAGAGUCAAGACACUGUGAUUCUGGACCCUGCCCACGAUGGAACUAUGGGAACUGGGGAGAAUGUACUCAGACUUGUGGAGAUGGAAUAAAGACAAGACUGGUGAUUUGUCAGCUUCCUACUGGCCAAAUGUUGGGUGAUCAAAAUUGUGACAUUCUAGACAAGCCACCUAAUAUGGCACAAUGUAAUGUGCAUUCUUGCCCUGGUGAUGUUUCAUGGCAUCGGGGACCUUGGAAAUCGUGUUCUGUUACCUGUGGAAAAGGCUUGAAGUUUCGUGAUGUGCAUUGUUUUAAUAGCUUCCAAGGUAAAACAGAGGAAGAAAACUGCAGACAUUUGAAAAAACCACGGACAUACAAAAUAUGUAGAGCUGGAAGAUGUCCUGCUUGGAAGGCCAGCAGUUGGAAAGAGUGCUCUGUGUCCUGUGGAGUGGGAAUUCAGCAAAGGGAUGUCUACUGUCAGCUGAAGGGCCUGGGUCAAGUGACUGAAGCCAUGUGCAGUCGUGAUCCCCGGCCCACUGGCCAGAGGCACUGCUGGCUGCCUGCCUGCCCGCAGCACCGCUGGGUGGCAGGGGGAUGGCAGGAUUGCUCAGCAUCAUAUAGAAGGAAGGAAAUACACCGAAAUGUUAAGUGUGUGGAUGAAAAGCAGCUCCAAGUGGAUGAAAGGUUCUGUGAUGCUGCCACUAAGCCCCCAUCAACCAAAAACUGCAGAAUAGCUCCCUCUAAGUAUGUUGUGCUUACAGGAGAACUGUCCCAGUGCUCAGCCAGCUGUGGGUUUGGUUACCAGCAAAGGAUCACAUACUGUGUUGGAAUCCAUUCUGUUCCAAAUCUGCAUGCCCGUGGCCUUCGAGCUGUGGUGUACCCAGAGUGCCCAGUAGAGCCAUCCCCAUACAUCUAUAGAUGUAAUAUCAAAGGAUGUUCACAAGCAGCUACCUGGAGAGUGGGAAAGUGGACCAAGUGCUCAGUGUCUUGUGGAGUGGGGAUACAGGAGAGAACUGUAGAAUGUACAACUGAAAAUGGCUUAUCCAGUGACUUGUGCCAGCCACGUCUAAAACCAGAUGCCAGAAAGAUCUGCCAUGGGGAAGAAUGUGAAAUUUUUACCACCUGCAAAGAUAUCCAGAUUAAAAAAGGGAUUAGAAAGGAUGGUGAAUACCUACUUAACAUUAAGGGACGGAUGAUAAAGAUUUAUUGCUCAGGCAUGCACUUAGAGAAUCCCAAAGAAUAUUUAACACUGGUAAAAGGUGAAGCAGACAACUUUUCUGAAGUAUAUGGAUACAGGUUGCAGAAUCCAUAUGAAUGUCCUUUCAAUGGAAGCAGAAGGCAAGACUGUGCCUGUCGAAAUGAUUACCUUGCAGCUGGCUUCACUGUUUUUAGCAAAAUCAGAUUUGAUGUAGCCUCCAUGCAAAUUAAAACCACAGAUUUUCUUUUUGCUCAGACUAUACUUGGGAGAGCAGUCCCGUUUGCUACAGCUGGAGAUUGCUACAGUGCUGCCAGAUGUCCACAGGGACAGUUCAGCAUUAAUUUGGCUGGGACAGGUCUGAGAUUAUCCAGUACAGUUAGAUGGAUUGCUCAGGGCAACUAUGCAACUUCUGACAUACACAAAUCACAUGAUGGUACUAAAAUAUAUGGAAGAUGUGGAGGAUUUUGUGGAAAAUGUGUUCCUAACUCAAUUAUUGGUCUCCAACUUCAAACACAGUGA